UGGUCUGGUUACAAUCCUGGGAUUAGCAACAAGGGACCUCGGGUACAGAUGGCUCGCCUGAAGAUCGACUUGUUACAGCCUCGGCAGUUCAUAUGGAUGCCCUAUAGCGCACUCGACGUCAUCCAGGUUGUCCAUCCGGAGGUCUUGGAGCCUCGGCAUACGAUGUUAUGGCGGUGCAGGACCUCCCUGAUUUAUUUUGCGGUUGUGGAGUGGCAUCAGGUUGAUAGAGUUUUACCUCAGUUUGGCGGCGUUCAGCCCACACCGUCUCCCGCCUUAAACAUCAACUUCUUGAUGUCGAAGGACGGGAGAGGAGGUGACCAUUGGUUCCCGGCACAUUACGCUGAGUGGCAUCUUCACUGGCAGGAGCGUGCGGAGCACAUUCUACAGUUUGACAUCGUGCCCGACCCCGGUCCGUCACAUGAUUUCUUGACAUGGUGGUAUCAGCACGGAAAGAGGUUUUUGUCGCCGGAGAUGUUAUUGGGGGAUCCGAGAGGUAUUCCUAUUCUAGAUGAGGCGACGCAGAGGGGUGCAGGUCGACUUCCAGAUAUGGACCGGGUCGAGGAUGUUCCUGACAGACGUCGUAUUGAGCGGAGAGCACGAGUUGGGACACGUCGUAGCCAGCGUGAGUGGAACGGGGUGGAUCUUGCUAUGGAUGACGUCGACCAUCCAGUUAGGGGUGGGGGGAGAGUUCGUGGUCGUGGAGGCAGGAGGAGGGUGGGUGCUGCUAGAGAGGGUGCCCAGAUGCCUAGGGGAGGUGAUGUUGCGGGGGUUGAUAGGGCCCAUCAGGGCGGUCAUGAGGGUGGGUCGCGUGGAUCUGGUAUGGGAGAUCCCACGACUCACACUGAUGCUGGGGUUGGUGGUGGAGGUCUUGGAGAUUACUUCGUAGGUGUUCCCGGUGAUGAUCAUACCCUUCAAGAGAGUACUCCAUGGGUGAGUCCGGGCUCGAUGUUUGGAGACUUGCUUGCUAGUGAUGGCAUUGUGGCCGAGUUUGGUGGACCGCAUUUCCUUGAUGAUAUCCGGACCAUCAUGCAGGAGGAUGAGGCUGCAGCCGGACGGGUUCAGACGACAGGGACACAGGCACCCCUGGAUGUAGAUCUGAACGAGCCUACCACGGUAGCUCCUGCGCAUCCUUUUGCCAUGGGUGGGACCCCAGCAUCGGCCCAGACUAUUGGGUCACAUUCAGUUGCCGGCCCGUCAUCAUCCAGACCCGUGCAUGUUGCGCCUGUGACCCCUAGACAGCCAGUUCCGGAUGACAGCGACGAGUCGAUUGAGGCUGUCGGAGUCGUCUCAGCAACGGUGUAUUCCGAGUUAUCCCUGUCGUAAACAGUCACCGUGAAGCACCUGGCUG